AUGCGGCUCACACAUUCGGUUGCCUCGGCGCUCCUGCUGCUGUGCGCGGGCGCUGCGCAGGCUGCCACUUCUUGGGGGUUUGAUGAGGGUGUAAUUCAGGUUGUGCCCAAGAAGGCGGGUGAGGUUAUCAAGGAGAGGACUCCUCUUGCGAAGCCUGUGACCCUCGGCGCUACCGACACUCUGAAGCUCAGCCUGACGGCAAAGGACAAUGGCAUCGGCAAGCGACCGCACCAGGCUUUCCUCCUGCUGCAGGAGUCGAACCUUGGGGUUGAAGCGCCGUUCCCUCUGACGGUGAAGGAGAGCGGGAAGGCUACGGUUCAGAUCACCCAGAAAGACCUCCCCGUCCAGCUGCUCGCCGCCGAAGAACCUCUUAAGGCAUCCAUUGUGCUGGCUUCAUUUGGCUCAGCGCAGGGAUACAACGGACAAGUCUUCGAGAUCAAGGUUGAGUUGGACCCGAACCUGCCGCCGCCGACCAGGGAAGCGCCAGUGCGUUACGGCAAGAAGCCCCUCAUCUUCCACAAGUUCAACCCCGACCCAAAGAGCCCGCCUAAGGUGGUAUCUAUCUUCUUUGCGCUGGCCGUAAUUGCGUGCUUGCCGGUGCUGUUGAUCAGCUGGCUCUUCCUCGGCGCAAACAUCAAGCAUCUCCCGAAGGCCCUCAGCGCGGCCCCAGUCUCGCAUGCAGUCUUCUUCGGCUCGAUCGUGGCCAUGGAGGGCGUUUUCUUCAUGUACUACACCAGCUGGAACCUGUUCCAAACGCUGCCGGUCAUCGCGGCCGUUGCCGUGGUUACCGUGCUCAGCGGGACCAAGGCGUUGGGCGAGGUACAGAGCAGGAGGCUUGCGGGGGAUCGCUACUGA